AUGAAAUCUGCUCUUGCUGGAAAUGUUGGUUCAAUAUGGACUGUUGGAUAUUGUUAUGACCAUGGUGUAGGUGUUGACGGUGAUUGUCAAAAAGCAUUUAAAUUGUUUUUAAAGGCAGCUGAAAAAGGAGAUACUAAAGCUCAAUAUUAUUUAGGAUAUUUUUAUCAAAAUGGUUAUGGGGUUAAUGAGAAUCAAGUGAAAGCAUUUGAAUGGUAUAAGAAAGCUGCCGAAUCUAACUUUAGUCAUGGUCAAAACGAGGUUGCAAGAUGUUUUUAUGAAGGUCUCAGAACAAAAAUAGAUAUUGUAAAUGCUAUCUACUGGCUAGAUAAAGCAAAAGAAAAUGGGAAUAGUUAUGUCAACGCGAGAUUAAAUGAAAUAAUAAAUAAUAUAUGA